AUGACUCAUCUCAUAAUAUCCUUAAAUCGCCUGUGUGCUGUCUGGGCGCCCCGUCGAUAUCCGAAUUGGUUCAGUGAAAAGAAUACUAAACUCUUGAUUGUCUGGGUAUGGUCUUUCACUGGCUCUGUCGCAGUUUUGUUUUAUGAGAUCUCCUGUAACUUCUACUAUGAAGAAAAAAUCCGAUUCUUGACAUUCACCAAUUCUCAACUCUGUGGAUACAUUGGUUGGUACGGUGACUUCCUCAAAAACUCAUUUAUCGUAGCCGUCAUUAUGUUUCUCGACUUGUUGACAGUAAUUAAAGUUAGAAAAAUGUCGAAAAAGGUUGUCGCUAAUAUCAGUGAGCAAGCGCAGACUAGACUCUCGUGUCGAGAAAUGAGAUUUCUGAAACAGACAGUGACUCAGGGAACGGUCUUUAUGUUGGAAUUGUUGUCUUAUUUCUUCAUUCCACAGUAUUUUGAGAACAAGUAG